CUCCAGGGUUAAAUCAGUCAGAGGGCGGAGCGCGAGCGUUCUUGUGUCGCCGUGCAGCCUCUUCCGGUCCUCUUUCCAGCUUCCCGUGCAACAUGACCAAGAAGAGGAGAAACAACGGUCGUGCCAAGAAGGGCCGUGGACACGUGCAGCCCAUCCGCUGCACAAACUGCGCCCGCUGCGUCCCCAAGGACAAGGCCAUUAAAAAGUUUGUCAUCAGGAACAUUGUGGAGGCAGCGGCUGUGAGAGACAUCUCAGACGCCAGCGUCUUCGACUCUUAUGUUCUGCCGAAGCUCUACGUGAAGCUGCACUACUGUGUCAGCUGUGCCAUCCACAGCAAAGUGGUGAGGAACCGCUCCUGUGAGGCCAGGAAGGACCGAACCCCACCACCAAGAUUCAGGCCCGCUGCUGGUGCACCAAGAGCUCCUCCAAAACCAAUGUAAAGUGAAAUCUGAAGAUGCUGUGUUCCUGAAAAAGAAAAUUAAAACAUCUUUACAAAACUUGAA